AUGACAGCUGAUGUUUUCGAAGAGUAUUUUGAGGAGAUCAUUGAACAUGAACAUAUACCACCAAAUUCAAUAAUAGUAUUAGACAAUGCACCUUAUCAUUCAAGACUAGUAGAAAGACUUCCAACGACUGCGUGGAAGAAACAAGAUGUCCUUGACUGGCUGCGGAAUAAGUCUUUGCCUUACAAAGAUGGAAUGGUUAAAGCAGAACUUUUAAAAAUUGCCCGGCAACACAAAUCUAAGUACAAGAAAUAUGUAGUUGACAAAAUGGCGGAAAGGCGAAACAUCACAGUCCCUAGACUUCCACCCUACCACUGUGAAAUAAAUGCAAUUGAACUAAUUUGGGCCCAAAUGAAAGGUUAUGUGGCUAGAAAAAAUACAUCAUAUAAAAUACAAACUGUGCGUGAAUUGUUAUAUGAGUCUUUAGAAUAUAUUACAAAACAAAACUGGCGAGAAGACAUGUAG